CGCAGAGGAAGAGCGACUCGCGGACGACAAGGGAUCAGACCCAGCUCUGAAAGACAUACACAUUGAUGGAGCAAAUUAAUGAGACGCUCAGCAGCAACUCCACCGCCUGUCCGUCCAUCGACGACUUCCGUAAUCAGGUUUACACCACGUCCUACUCCAUCAUCACCGUCUUCGGCCUGGUAGGGAACGGCUUGGCCCUGGUGGUGCUGAUCAAAUUGUACCGGCAGAGUUCUCCUUUCCAGGUCUACAUGCUGAACCUGGCCGUGUCCGACCUGCUGUGUGUCAGCACUCUGCCUAUGAGGGUGCUCUACUACGUGAACAAGGGCCAGUGGAACCAGGGCGAUUUCCUGUGUCGCAUCAGCUCCUACGCCCUCUACGUCAACCUCUACUGCAGCAUUUACUUCAUGGCGGUCAUGUCCGUCACACGCUUCCUGGCCAUUGUCUUCCCCGUGCGGAACCUUCAACUGGUGACAGUGAGCCGUGCACGUCUGGCGUGUCUGAGCAUUUGGAUUUGUAUCUGUCUUGCCUCUUCGCCCUUCUUGAUGUUAGGCCAGAAAUUUGAUCCUGUGACCAACAAAACAAAGUGCUUUGAGCCUCCGCAAGGUCAAGGCGUGUCUGCACUUGUAGUGCUGAACAAUGUUUCUUUGGUGGUGGGUUUUCUUCUGCCCUUCCUGGUCAUACUGUUCUGCUAUGCCGGGAUUAUCCGCGCCCUACUUACCCGCGCUCCACUGGCUAGGUGCCACCAGGGCACGCGCUCCAAAUCAAUUAGUAUGAUCGUGAUCAUCCUUUUGACGUUCUUGAUAAGCUUCAUGCCGUACCACGUGCAGCGCUCCGUCCACAUUCACUCCCUGUCCCGCACGGACACUCGUUGCACGGAAAGGGUUGCCAUGCAGAAGUCAGUCGUGGUGACGCUGUGCCUGGCAGCAGCCAAUUCAUGCUUUGACCCGCUGCUCUACUUUUUCUCGGGGGAAGGUUUCCGCAGCCGCCUGUCGUCCAUGCGUCUGUAUCGGUUGACCAGCACACAGACACGCUCAGUUAGACUAAAUGCUGCUGGUUUAGAGAACCGAGACAACCGACUGCAAAGUGCCACAUCGUUUAUACGAAUUAGCAGCACUGUCAAAUAAAGGCAAAAACUAAAUAAACAAAAUAAAAUAAAA